UUGGGUACAAUCGUUGUUUCGAUUAAUUUAAAAGUUGUACAAUUUUUCUUUUUGCUUGACAUAUUUGUUUAAAGUUUGAAUAAUGUUAAAAACUCUAUUGGAACUCUCACCGCGUACGUUUAUGCGCCAUUUUCUUCAAAUUCAUGUACAUUUACCGUAAAGAAUGUUCGUGGUUCACUAAAGUGCUUCGUCGUUCUAUCGACCUAUCGUUAUCAGUGAUUUUUAAAAUAUCCUUGCAAAAAGAUGCCGAAGUCGAAAAGAGAUAAGAAAAUAUCCCUUACGAAAACAAAUAAGAAAGGCCUUGCUUUGAAGCAACAAAUUGUGGAGGAUGUUAGAAAUUGCGUUGAGAAAUAUGACAGGAUAUUUCUUCUAUCCGUACAUAAUAUGCGCAAUAACAAACUUAAAGAUCUACGAUCGGAAUGGAAAGACAGUCGGUUUUUUUUUGGUAAAAACAAGGUGAUAGCGCUAGCUUUCGGUAAAUUACCGGAAACCGAAGCUGCAGAAGGUCUUCAUAAAUUAUCAUUAGCAUUAAGAGGACAAUGCGGUCUGCUAUUUACAAACAGGAGUAAGAAGGAGGUAUUGAAAUGGAUGGAAGAAUAUGAAGAAAUAGAUUAUGCUAGAUCUGGAUUUGUUGCUCAAGAAACUAUAGUAUUACAUGAAGGGCCAAUGCCAGAGUUUUCACAUAGUAUAGAACCUCAUUUAAGACAAUUAGGAAUGCCCACAGCUUUACAGAAGGGUGUGGUAACAUUAAUCAAAGACUACAUUGUAUGUAAAGAGGGUCAAACGUUAAAUCCAGAACAAGCGAGGAUUUUGAAAUUACUUGAUAAACCAUUGGCUACCUUUAGAUUGAUACCAUUAGGUGUAUUUUCCAAGAAACAUGGAUAUAAACAACUUAUAUCUCAACAUGAUGUUAAAGAAAAUAUGGCAGAACAAAUGGACAUAGAGGAAACAGAAAAUAUUGAUAAUACAUGAGAUAGAUACAAUAGACAAAUUUAUAUAUGUAGAUGCUUUCUUCUACCUCCCUUCCUUCCACACAUUUACUCAUUUGCAUGCACACAUACACAUACACACAACGAUAUAGAAUUUAACUUUUCAACUUACACAUUUUGUUAAAAGAAAAAAAAAAGAA